AUGACCGAAAAGCCCCAGCCGCUGUCGACGCAGACCGCGACUCCUAGUCAGACCCUCUUCGCUCCGAGCGUACCAGUCUCAACCAACAAUGUGCCACGCAAAGUAGAAACGGUUGAGGAAGAGGAGCCUUACACAAUCAAGUGUAUCUGCAACUUCACUGACGAUGAUGGAAACACGAUCUACUGCGAUACGUGCGACACAUGGCAGCACAUCGACUGCUUCUACCCUCACAGCCGCGAGGAGGCCCUCCGCGAAGACUUUGCCCACUCAUGCGCUGAUUGCAAGCCGCGUCCCUUAGAUCGACAAAAGGCCAUCGAGCGAACCCGACGACUGAAGAAUGUUCCCACGACAGAAACCAUACCGGAUAAGAAGGCCAAACGCCCGCCAUCAAAAUCCCACAAGAAGAAGCUGAAGCCCACGGACUUACAGUUGAAUGGCCACCCUGUGGGCCAGGAGAACGCAAAGCACGGAAGUCCGAGCGACCACCCUCACCCGACCAAGAAGGUCAAAUCAUCCCAUCGGCCAUCUCACUCGAUCAGUUCACAGAAUGCAAAGCGAAGUCCGUCCUACGGAAAUGGCGGGCGGUCUCAGCCCAACGGCCAUCCUCCGAGUCCGGCAACUACUCCCCCGGACCUUCCGAGCGAUUUUCAAAUACACAAUUACUCGGAUGGAUUCCUGUCCAUGAGCAAAGAAACAGACAUUCCCAUGACUCAAAUCAACUCGUUCGCCAGUCUUGGUGUUUCGAACACCCUAUCGGUUUGGCUUCGUGAACCGGAUCGUAUGAGGAAGGAGACCGGCGAGGAAAUCAACGACGUGUUUGCGAAACUGCCAAAAGACAUUGACGCUCGAAAGCGUCAGCUUCAUGUUGAGAGCAAGAAGAUUCCUGUUUCACCCGACACGACACUAAGAUGGCAAUACCUUGCUACUCCAGCUGCCAUCGAGAAAGAUGUGCCUCUGAUUGAACUCAACGGUGUGAUUGGAUUCCAGAAGGAUUACUGCGCAGACCCCGAAAACCUUUGGGAAGAACUCUCUUCUCCGUUGCCCUUCGUUUUCUUCCACCCGAUGCUUCCGUUGUACAUUGAUACUAGGAAAGAAGGAUCCAUGGCUCGCUUCGUUCGAAGGAGUUGCAAGCCCAACGCCCUGCUGGAUACUUAUCUGUCAGGCCAGUCCGAGUAUCACUUCUGGCUGAUGAGUGACAGAUACGUCGCUGCAAACGAGCAAAUCACACUCCCAUGGGACUUCAGGCUACCCAAAAAGUUACAGGCGCGUUUGGUCCAUCUUCUGGGCCUCGCCGACGAUGAUACCACUACGCAGAACGAGUCUGAAUUGGACGAGACCGAGUACAAGACACUGUCCGACUGGAUUCAUCGGAUAUUGUCAGAGUACGGCGGCUGUGCAUGUGACUUGGGGGCAAACUGUGCCUUCGCUCGCUUCCACAGACAUCAUCAAGCGAAGGUACAGUCCCGACCUCCAGCGAAGAAGAAGCAACGAAAGCCAAAAACCAAUACCAUCUCACCCACCAGUACUGGACACGCAACAAACAGUCGCGCAGCCAGUGAAGGUCAUCAAGAUGACGCCGACAACGACGGUCGAUCCGCAUCUGAGCGUAGCAAACCGCCUAGUCGCGAUCGUACGCCUGUGCGCCAGGGCUCAUUGGAUAGACCGGGUAUUCUCACAGAACCUACUGACAGGGACAAGCGCAAGGUUCAAAUGGUUGAGGACUCAUUUCGACGGAUGGAGCAGCAGCAACAACCCCCACGCAAGAAGAAGCGAACAUCCGAUGGUACAGGAUCCAAUCCCGGGUCUUCCAAGACGAAACCACGCAACUCAGCGAGUAACGCAUCCAGCGGCACUACACAUUAUGUCGACGCGGGAACAUCUCGAAGCAAGUCGAACUCUCCCUCAAGUGGUGUGUCGCCAACGGCACAGAAUCCUUUCAAGGCACCCGCCUCUAGGGCCGAUUCGGUCGGUGCUCAAUCCGGACGAGCUUCGUCAGCACCUCGUCCCAUCUACUCCGAUGCAUCCGUACAAACUGACCCUGUGGAGGGCGAGUGGUACAGUGAGCCUGUCCAGACACCACGGCCACGACGACGCAUCAUUUCUCUCUCACAACGCUUGCUCAACAAUCGGCAUCGAUUACGCUGUGACGAGGUCGAGAGACGCAAAUCACUCCCUUCGCUUUCCACCCUGGAGCCAAUACCGAUGGACGUUGACCAACCGGCUGAGCCCAAGCUUGCUGUAGACUCUCCACCGCUUUCCAAGGUGCAAGGGUAUGAGACAUCGCCUGUUGCUCCCCCAGCUGGUGAUGUAGUGAUGUCGGAUGCUCCGACAAGCUCACCAGGCAUGGCGAAAUCGCCUUUGCAGAAGGACAAUAUUCCAGAUGGACUAGCGAACGGCGCAAGCAGUCCCUUGAAGAUGAGGUCACCGGAAUUGCGCGUGACGAUGCCCCCGGUUCCGGCCUUUAACGGGCCAACAUCGGCGACCCCAAGUGCCACAACGCCAUCGACGGUUCAGUCCCCAUUCUCCGCAAGCAGUCUAUCAGGCCCUUUUGCUCCGACGGCAGUCAACGGUGUCGCAGCACACCCGAGUCCAGUCAAAAAGAAGCUGAGCCUCAGCGACUACACCAAGAGCAGGAUGAACAAGGCCAAGCCCGCCGGUGCUUUGAAGACGCCAUUGCCUGGCACUGAGGAGGCGAAGUCAACACUCGAUGCGAUUGUCGAUUCCCCAGUAGUCGAGAAGAGUACGGAUGUUCUUACACCCGUCACGGGUAAUACGAUCAACGCGAACCCUGCAGCUGCGGCUGCUACCACCUUGUAA